CAGAGGCAGGCGCCAUUCAUUCAGUGCUUCAAGGAAAGGAAGCACCGAGCCAUGGAAGGCUCCACCGCCGGGUAUGUCCAGAUCGUCUCCAGGCGUGUCGUCCGGCCAGACGCGGCGACCUCGCCGGACGGCGCCCCGUCGGAGCCGGAGACCAUGCACCUGACGCCGUGGGAUCUCCGCGUGAUGACGGUGGACUACAUCCAGAAGGGAGUCCUCCUGCCCAAGCCCCAGGCAGGAGGAGAAGCAGCGCGCCUCGUGGACGGCCUCGCUUCGUCCUUCGCGCGCGCCCUCGGCCGCUUCUACCCGUUGGCCGGCCGCCUCGCCGUCGCCGAGGCCACCGACGGCGGCGAGCCCUCUCCGGGCAUCGUCGUCUCGCUGCGCUGCAACGGCGAGGGCGCCGAGUUCGUCCACGCCGUGGCGCCCGAGGUCACCGUCAGCGACAUCACGGCCCCGGUGUACGUCCCGCCGGUGGUGUGGUCGCUCUUCCCGCUGAACGGGGUGCUGGGCACGGACGUGUCCCGCCCGGUUCUGGCGGCGCAGGUCACGGAGCUCGCCGACGGCGUCUUCGUCGCCAUGUCGCUCAACCAUGGCGUCGCCGACGGGACCACGUUCUGGCACUUGUUCAACACCUGGUCGGAGAUCAGCCGGAGCGGCGGCGACGCCGGCCGCGAGCUUUCCACGCCACCGCCGGUACUCGGCAGGUGGUUCCCGGACAGCUGCCCCGUGCCCAUCCGUCUACCCUUCGGCAGGCUGGAGGACAUCGUCCGGCGGCCCGUGUACCUGCCGGUGCGGGAGUGCUUCUUCCAUUUCUCAGCGGAGAGCGUGAGGACGCUGAAGGCGAAGGCGAACGCCGAGAUGGCCGGCACGGCGACGGCCACCAUCUCGUCGUUGCAGUCCCUUCUCGCGCACGUGUGGCGAGCGGUGUGCCGCGCCAGGGAGCUCCUGCCGGACCGGGAGACGACGUACACCCUCCUCGUCGGUUGCCGGGGGCGCGUGCGAGGCAUACCGCAGGCCUACAUGGGCAACGCCGUGACGCUCGCCAUCGCCAAGUCCGCGGCCGGCGACGUCGCGGGCAGGGGACUGGGCUGGGCGGCGUGGCUCCUGAACCGCGCCGUGGCGUCGUUCGACGAGGGGACGGUGAGGGGCGAGCUCGCGCGGUGGCCGCAGGACCCCAGGUUCGUGUACGUGGAGGCGCCCAGGGAGGACGGCGCCGCGGCCGUCGCGACCGGGAGCUCCCCGCGGUUCGACGUGUACGGCAACGACUUCGGGUGGGGCCGGCCAGUGGGCGUCCGGAGCGGCGCCGGGAACAAGAUGGACGGGAAGGUGACGGUGUACGAGGGGCGCCGCGGCGCGGGCAGCAUGGCGCUGGAGGUGUGCCUAUCGGCCAGGGCGCUGGCCAGGCUCGUCGCCGACGAGGAGUUCAUGGAGGCCGUCGUGAGCGCCGGCGGCGCGGCGUGAUCCACCGAGCGGAUGCAAUGUUGAGGGCGGAAAAAUCUUUUGCUGCCGGAGGAAGCGUGAUCCGAUGGAUGCAUAGCGAGUGGUGAGCAAGGCAGAAAAAGCUUUGUGUGGUAUGGGAUUAGACAUCUUGCAACAGCAUCUAGUAGUGUCUGCACCGACCUUGAGAAUUACUAGAUGUUUCCUUUUCCCUACAAGCUAAAAAAGAGACAUGGCCGUGUGAGGCCAAGGAUGAUGGAACGGCGGGAGACAUGGACAUCCACGACGACGUUGUGCUACUGCUCGUGUCGUGACUCGUGAUGAUGUGGCAUGGAUUCAGUUCUUGUCCUGCUGGACUGACAGAUUGGGUUUCCGUGUUCUACGACGCUUAAGAAUUCUGUCCGCGCGCCGCCAGGAGCUUGCGCUAGAUCGAGGAGUAGCCAAAGGAAAAUUUGCUCAAUCUUUGAAGCCUUGUCUGGAAAAUCUGACCAUGCAGCAAGCGGACUCUAGUUUGGUUGGCUAACUCA